GCAAACCCAGCUAGCGUCGACAUGGCUUCUGAAAUUGAGAAAGCAAAACAGACUAAACCUGGCGGUGACACAAUCUUUGGUAAAAUUACAAGAGGAGAAUUAAAUACAAAAUUUAUCCAUGAAGAUGAGCAUUGUGUAGCAUUUAAUGAUUUAGAACCACAAGCUCCUGUUCACUUUCUAGUUGUACCAAAGAAACCUAUUGUUAGGUUAGCAGAUGCCGAAGAUUCUGAUGGACAGUUAUUAGGUCAUCUUUUACUAGUAGCCAGAAAAGUUGCUAAACAAGAAAAUUUAAGUGAAGGUUAUAGGGUUGUUAUAAAUGAUGGACCAGAAGGGGGGCAGUCUGUUUAUCACAUACAUCUACAUGUUUUAGGAAAACGCCAGUUAGGUUGGCCACCAGGCUAAUUUUCUACCUUAUUCCUAUUUGAAAUGUGCAAAUUUGUUUAGUUUAAUUAUUGGUAAUUAGCUAUUGUCUAAUAUUUGCGUUUUUCUUUCUUUUUUUUGUGUAUAAUUCAAGCUUUCAAGUGCUCUGUUGGCAAUUAUUUUUUCUAUAGUUAGUGCUAAGACUAAAUCUUUUUGUAAAUUUUAAGUUACAGUUACAGUGCCUGUCAUUGUCUCUAUUUGGGAAUAAAAUUAUUAAAGAAAU